AUGUCAAAGGAAGCCUUUGACCCGUUCACUCAGAACGUUACUUUCUUCGCUCCCGAUGGAAAGACGGAAAUCAACAUCCCUGUAGCUGCCAUUGACCAGGUGCGCCGCAUGAUGGUCAACACCACCAUCAACUAUGCUACACAGCUCGGGGCCUGUCUCAUCAUGCUAGUCGUGAUCCUUGUCAUGGUCCCCAAGGAAAAGUUCCGCAGGCCUUUCAUGAUCCUCCAGAUUGCCAGUCUUGUCAUUUGCUGCUGUCGAAUGCUAUUGCUCAGCAUCUUUCACUCAUCGCAAUUCCUCGACUUUUACGUCUUCUGGGGCGAUGACCACAGUCGCAUCCCGCGCAGCGCUUACGCUCCCUCGGUGGCUGGCAACACCAUGUCACUCUGUCUCGUCAUCUCGGUUGAGACAAUGCUCAUGAGCCAGGCCUGGACAAUGGUCCGACUGUGGCCCAAUGUGUGGAAGUACAUCAUCGCCGGCAUCUCACUCGUUGUGUCCAUCGUGGCUAUCAGUGUCCGACUCGCAUACACCAUCAUUCAGAACAAUGCAGUUCUCAAGCUGGAGCCGGCGUUCCACAUGUUUUGGCUCAUUAAGUGGACAGUCAUCAUGAACGUCGCCUCCAUCUCUUGGUGGUGUGCCAUUUUCAACAUCAAGCUCGUCUGGCAUCUCAUUUCGAACCGUGGCAUUCUCCCGUCUUACAAGACUUUUACCCCAAUGGAAGUUCUCAUCAUGACCAACGGCAUCUUGAUGAUCAUUCCAGUCAUUUUCGCUUCACUCGAAUGGGCUCACUUUGUCGACUUUGAAUCAGCAUCUCUGACUCUUACGUCUGUCGCUGUGAUCCUCCCUCUCGGCACUCUCGCCGCCCAGCGUAUCGCCAGCAGCGCACCCAACAGCGCCAACUCGACCGGCGCUUCAAGCGGGAUCCGUUACGGCGUCAGCGGGCCCAGCUCCUUCACGGGCUUCAAGGCACCCAGCUUCAGUACCGGCACCACCGACAGGCCUCACGUCUCGAUCUACGCCCGGUGCGAGGCCGGCACGUCAUCUCGCGAGCACAUUAACCCUCAAGAUGUGGAACUCGCCAAGCUGGACCCUGAAACUGAUCACCAUGUUCGUGUGGACAGAGCCUUUCUUCAGCGCGAGGAGCGAAUCCGUGCUCCUCUUUAA